AUCAAAAAACGGAAAAGACCGGCAGGUUGGCAAACCCCAAAGAAGGACUGCCCAUCAGGUCGGCGUCCUUGGGAUCUCAGCAGCCGACGACCCCAAUUCAAAGCGAUCGUGGGAAACCCCAGGGAAAAAUGGUUAACUUGCAGAGGGACAGGAUUACAGGGUGCAGGCUGCAGGGAAGUACCGGGGGCAGGGGGCCUGGUAGGAAGGACUUUCCAGCCACUCGGCGCUCAUCAAAAAGUUCCCUGUCCGUGACCCCAGUGCCUCAUCGCAGGGAGUUUCUCCGAUGAACCCCAGCUCAGGGUUUAGGCUUCUUUUUCCCCCUAGCAGAGGACGAAGCCAGUUCUCUUUUCUGGUCUGACUGGCUUGGAAAUUCCCCGCGCCUGACCCCGCCCCAGAGAAAUCCCCAGCCAGCGUUUAUAAGGGCGUUGGGGCGGCGCUGCAGAGCCCACAGCAGCCCGCGCCGCCGUACCGUUCGCCAGCGCUCCAGCGAGGAAGCAGCGCGCAGCCCGCGGCCCAGCGCACCCGCAGCAGCACCCACAGCUCGCCCGAGCAAUGUUCCAGGCAGCCGAGUGGGCCAUGGAGGGCCUCCGCGAUGGGCUGAAGAAGGAGCGGCUGCUGGACGACCGCCACGACAGCGGCCUGGACUCUAUGAAGGACGAGGAGUACGAGCAGAUGGUCAAGGAGCUGCGGGAGAUCCGCCUAGAGCCGCAGGAGGCGCAGCACGGCGCCGAGCCCUGGAAGCAGCAGCUCACCGAGGACGGGGACUCGUUCCUGCACUUGGCCAUCAUCCAUGAAGAAAAGGCACUUACCAUGGAAGUAAUCCGCCAGGUGAAGGGAGACGUGGCCUUCCUCAACUUCCAGAACAACCUGCAGCAGACUCCACUACACUUGGCUGUGAUCACCAACCAGCCAGAAAUUGCUGAGGCACUUCUGGGAGCUGGCUGUGAUCCUGAGCUCCGAGACUUUCGAGGAAAUACCCCCCUACACCUUGCCUGUGAGCAGGGCUGCCUGGCCAGCGUGGGAGUCCUGACUCAGGCCUGCACCACCCCACACCUCCACUCCAUCCUGAAAGCUACCAACUACAAUGGCCACACGUGUCUGCACUUAGCUUCUAUCCAUGGCUACCUGGGCAUCGUGGAGCUUUUGGUAUCCUUGGGUGCUGAUGUCAAUGCUCAGGAGCCCUGUAAUGGCCGGACUGCCCUUCACCUCGCAGUGGACCUGCAGAAUCCUGACUUGGUGUCGCUCCUGCUGAAGUGUGGGGCUGAUGUCAACAGAGUUACCUACCAGGGCUACUCCCCUUACCAGCUUACCUGGGGUCGCCCAAGCACCCGGAUACAGCAGCAGCUGGGCCAGCUGACACUAGAAAACCUUCAGAUGCUGCCAGAGAGUGAGGAUGAGGAGAGCUAUGACACAGAGUCAGAAUUCACGGAGGAUGAGCUCCCCUAUGAUGACUGUGUGUUUGCAGGCCAGCGUCUGACAUUAUGAGCACAAAGGGUCUGAAAGAACGUGGACUUGUAUAUUUGUACAAAAAGAGAGUUUUAUUUUUCUUAAAAAAAAAAAAAAAAAAAAAAAAAAAAUUUAAAGGGUGUACUUAUAUCCAUACUGCACACUGCCUGGCCCAAAACAUUUUACUGUGGUGGGAUCAGCCCUCGUUUUGUUACUUUCGUGAACUUUUUGUAGGGGACAAGAAAGAUCAUUGAAAUUCCAAGAAAACUUCUUUUAAGCUUUACCUUUGUGGGAGUUUGGAUAAUGUUAUCAAAAAUUUCAUGGAAGGACCACAUUUUAUAUUUAUUGUGCUUUGAGUGACUAACCCCAGUGGUAUCCUGUGACAUGUAACAGCCAGGAGUGUUAAACCUUCAGUGGUGUGGGGUUAAAAGUUGCUACCUGUCAAGGUUUGUGUUACCCUCCUGUAAAUGGUGUACAUAGUGUAUUGUUGGUAAUUAUUUUGGUACUUUUAUUAUGUAUAUUUAUUAAACAGAUUUUUACAAAUGA